GUCGCUUACCACCUGCUGUCGGACAGAGCGUCAAAGCAGAGCUCCUUCACCAACCUGCUGCGAGACGACACCCUCGCCAGGCACGCCACGAGGCUGUACACCGACGAGGAGAUCUCCAGCGUGCUCCGGCUGUACGACCAGGAGAGCUCGGCGCCGCUCUCCAGGAUGGUGCCGUUCCAGGACGAGCGAAGGGUCAUCAUCAGCCAAGUGCCCGCGGCCUCCGAGUGCCCGUGGCAGCUCGGCGUAGAGGUGACCAUGGAGGCGCCCGUGCUGAUCACGCAGGUGUUGUUCAUUUUGCGUGAGAAUGGGUACGAGUGGUCCCAGCUGACGCCGUGGAGGGUGAGGGCGCGGCCGCUGACGAGAGGCGAGGGCCAGCUGGGCAUCGUGCUGACCAUCCAGGUGUACAAGCUGGCGUCUGGACGCUACCUGAUAGACACCCUGGUCUCGCAGGGGCCCACCCUGCCGGCGCUGCACGCCGCGCUGCACCUCCUGAGAUGUAUCGCGGAGAGUGACCUCAUCGCGCCCCACAUCGUCGACAGGUCAGGCGGCGGGCUGCUGGCGGGGCGCGCGCGCGGCAGGGCCGAGGCCGCGGCGGCCACCUAGCGGGCUGCCCCGCCCACGCUCUCGCUCGUUUGCACGGGCCCGCCAUCGCUCUUCUCUGAGAUGAGACUGUUUUUUUAUUCUAUGGCUUGUUUCUCGCCAUGGACGAGAAGAGUGAAUGAUCGCAAACGGUUCAAUGCAUAGUUGUUAUUCUUAUUUCUCUUAUGUUUGUUGCGUGUUGCGCACAGUCGGGCUUGCGGUAGUGCCUGUGCUAUGUGCGGUAGCGUCUUGUUCUGUGCAAGGCAUUAUUCUUGUGUGUCCCAGUCGUUGCUUGGUUCAAAGCCGAUUGGUGAUGCACACUUUGAACAAUAUUCCUAGAGUAGUUUGAAUCACCGGCUUCUUGCGGGCGUCGAGGUUCCGAUGAUCUCUCUAGCUCGGCGCCUUGUUUCGUCCUUCGACGAAGUGUGUAAUGGCUGGAGCAUUAAGAAAGUUUUGUCAGCUGCAUGCGACGAGCAGAAGGGAGUUCAUCUUUGGCCACGCUCAUUAUCACUCGGUGUUCCCUAUUGUGUUCAUGCACCUGUUUCACCUGACCUUCUGUAAGCCAUCCUGGUGGCGUGACAGCAUCGGGCUGGCUGCGGGGCAGAAAAGACGCGUAGAAAAACCCGCGCGUGCCAGACGAGAGCUGGAUCGAGCUUUGCAGGAGUCAAGUAGAGCUGGAUCCUGUUGGAUUUUAUUAGAGCUGGAUCGGACCCCACUGAGAUGCUAUGAAGGUUGAACCCAGCUGCAGUAGGAUUCUAGUACAGCCUGAUCGAGCACCAAUCGGAUUCUACCUGGG